AUGCCUCCUCCAUCAGUAGCACGCUCACGAACCUCUUCAACCUACAGCCUGCGCAAUCCAGGAACCGCCGAAGUUGGCAAGCCGGGGGCCAGUCCAACCAGGGCCACAAACAAAGACGAUUGUGCUGUAGAGGAUUGCGAUACUCCAAAAUUGCCUCCCGCCACCAUGGCAGAUGAAACGAGGCACUCUUCGCUGCCCGAUGCGCUUCGACCUACACCGUCAUUGUCCGAGAUGAGCUCGAAGCGGAUGUCGGUGUCGUCGAUGUAUUCCCUCAGCUCUGCAAGAGCUGGCGGCGUUCCAAGCUCUGCCGCCUCUACGAGUGGAUCCGACGUUGGAGCUGGGACGAGUUCAAGGACAUCGACAGGGGCCUUAUCUCCUAACAACGGUUUACAGUCGUCUCUUCCUGAGACUUCUACCUCGUCUGUUUCUGUUCUGACAUCCUCAAUGAAUCAAUUCGGAAGCCAAGGCUCGACAAAUGGCCCUCAACUCAUUCCACGCGAGACUCCUGGACAUGCCGCGGAUAUUGCGAAACGAAAUUCGAUCUCAAGAGGAGAAGCAGUUCUUCGGGUACAACCACCCGCAAGGUCCAGAAGUCGCGCGAAGAGAAGAUUCAGUGGGAGUACGGCCGCAAGCAGCCACAGCCCAAGUAGCGAGCGAGGUGCCUAUUCAAAGAAGGACGAGGAACCCAAGCCACCCUCUUGGGGCAUCAUUGGCGUCUGCGCUCUUGACGUGAAAGCCCGCAGCAAGCCGAGUCGUAAUAUUUUGAACCGCCUGAUUUCCAAGGGAGAGUUUGAGGUUGUCGUCUUCGGUGAUAAGGUGAUAUUAGACGAAGAGGUUGAAAACUGGCCUCUUUGUGAUUUUUUGAUCUCUUUCUACUCUGAUGGCUUCCCUUUGGACAAGGCUAUUGCAUACGUCAAGGCUCGCAAGCCCUUUUGCGUCAAUGACGUUCCCAUGCAGAAAAUUCUAUGGGAUCGCAGGAUAUGCUUGCGGAUUUUGGAUAAGAUUAAUGUUCCCACCCCGAAGAGACUAGAAGUUAACAGAGAUGGAGGACCAAGUGUUUUGACUCGAGAGCUGGCAAAGCAUUUGAGAGAAACGACAGGAGUUGUUCUGGAAGGUCCAGAAGAUGGCACUGGCGGCCAAGAACCUGGGCCUCGGAAAGUGGAACUCCUUGACGAUGGCGAUACCUUGAGUGUUGACGGAGUCAUGUUGGCAAAACCGUUUGUUGAAAAGCCAGUCAGUGGAGAGGACCACAAUAUUUGCAUCUACUACCCAAAGAGCCAAGGUGGAGGAGCUCGGAAGCUAUUCCGUAAAAUCGGAAAUAAGAGCUCCGAAUGGGUAGAUGGAAUGACAGUCCCUCGUGCCAUCCUAGAGCCAAAUAGCAGUUACAUAUAUGAAAAGUUCAUGAGGGUUGAUAAUGCAGAGGAUGUCAAGGCGUACACAGUUGGGCCCAACUAUUGUCAUGCCGAGACUCGCAAAUCUCCCGUGGUAGAUGGUUUGGUCAGACGCAACACCCAUGGCAAGGAAGUCCGUUACAUCACAAGUCUUUCAAAGGAAGAAGCAUCCAUGGCAAGUCGAAUCGCUGUGAGCUUUGGUCAGCGAGUGUGUGGAUUUGACCUCCUGCGAGCCGAGGGGAAAAGCUAUGUCAUAGAUGUCAAUGGCUGGAGUUUUGUCAAGGACAAUGAGGAAUAUUACGAUCAAUGCGCCAGGAUUUUGAGAGAAAUGUUCAUUCGAGAAAGACACAGGCGGCUUGGAACCCCCCUCCUAAGUACAACCACCACACCAGGAGGUUCGGAUGGCACAAAUACUCCUCUUGGUAGAAAGGAUACGAUCGGCAAAGAGUCAACUCAUCGCUCAACAUUGCAGACUAUUCUUGCUCACUCCCCGAGCAUGUCGAAACUGCAUGGGCUCCAACACAACAAGAGCGCAGCAGGACACGGAUCGCCAGAUGUUUCGAGUGCUCCCACCCCGAGAACCUCUCCUCCCAGUGCAAAUAGGGGCUUGGGCCUCGAUCUUAGCAUACCUCCGGCUCCUCUCCCGCCGCCUAUGAUGCCACCGCCAACAGGAAAUGCGCCAUCCAGAGCCCCCUCGAUAGCCCCUUCAAGUCCUGGACCACAAACAGCAGACAUGGGAGAGAUGUUACCGCCGCCGCCACCCGCCCCCAAGCAUAGCUGGAAAUUUAAGGGUAUGGUUUCAGCGAUUCGCCACGCAGAUCGGACACCUAAACAAAAGUACAAGUUCACCUUCCACACCAGGCCGUUUAUUGAACUUUUGAAGGGGCACGAUCAGGAAGUGUUAUUAACUGGAGAGGCGGCACUCGAAAGCGUGAUGAUUGCUGCUGAGGUGGCAUUGCAAGAAGGGGUGGAAGAUCGCGAGAAACUCAAAGCCUUGAGGAACGUUCUAGCAAAGAAGGGUGGUUGGGCCGGUACAAAGGUUCAGAUCAAACCUAUGUUUAGGAAGAGAAGGCCGGAGGAAUUGUACCCAGGCCUUACUAUGCUACCCGAAACAGAGACGACUUCUCAGCAAGGCGAGAGCAUGAUGAAGGAAGUGAAGCCCGACGAGAAUCUCGAUGUUUCGGAGCUUAGCAGAUCGCCUACCAGGCAUGAUUCUACAUCUGGUGUAACCUUGUCUCGGAUUACAGCGGCGGAGAAUAGUCUAAUUCUUGACAAGCUGCAGCUCAUCGUAAAAUGGGGUGGUGAACCAACCCACUCAGCUAGAUACCAAGCGCAAGAACUUGGAGAAAACAUGCGAAAUGAUCUUCUCUUGAUGAAUAGGGAAGUUCUUGAUGAAGUCCAUGUCUUCAGUAGCUCGGAGCGACGUGUCACCACCAGCGCACAAAUUUUCGCCGCUUCGUUCACAGGACAGAAAGAACUUCCACCUGACUUCAUCACGAUUCGAAAGGAUUUGUUGGAUGAUUCGAACGCUGCCAAGGACGAAAUGGACAAGGUCAAGAAGAAGCUCAAAACUCUCCUGCGCCAAGGGAAUGAAGCACCUCCUCAAUUUGCAUGGCCCGCAAACAUGCCAGAGCCAUCUAUUGUACAGAGACAUGUGGUUCAAUUGAUGAAAUUUCAUCGGAGGGUCAUGCGUCACAACUACAGCAAGCUCUACGGCGGUGCUUCCUCGUCGCUCAAUGCAAUUGCAAAUCCGGGCGACAAGGAGAGGGGCGAAUCGUCUGGUUCGGGUGGUGCUUCACUGUCGCAAGCCACUGCGACGAGCAGCAUUCAAGCUCGAUGGUGUUGCGGCGAGGAUGCAGAACUGUUCAGAGAACGGUGGGAGAAGCUGUUCAGCGAAUUCUGUGACACAGAGAAGGUAGAUCCAAGCAAGAUCUCGGAGUUAUACGACACGAUGAAGUUUGAUGCUCUUCACAAUCGCCAAUUCCUCGAAUGGGUCUUCACACCAAGCAAAAGUAUUCUCGAGGAAGAAGAGCUGGCAGACUUGAAAAGUCUUGACAAAGACGAACCAAGAGACAGGUCCAAGGAUUUCGACGAUAGAGAUGCAGAAAAGCAGACUGUACCAAUAGAGAGGGCUGAUUCCAAUAAGAGCUAUCGGCGUAUGUUCAGACGAAGGUCCAUUAUAGGAAGGGGCGAGGAGGCGCCCGAACAGUAUUUCCGCCUGUUUACAGGGAAUAGUCAGACGAAGGCAAAAACCGACGCUCGACUUGAGAAAUUGAGGGAACUGUACAAGCUGGCGAAGGUCCUCUUUGAUUUCAUCUGCCCACAAGAAUAUGGAAUUUCAGAAAGUGAGAAACUCGAGAUCGGGCUCUUGACAUCUCUACCUCUACUUAAGGAAAUCGUUCAGGACCUCGAAGAAAUGCAAGCGUCUGAUGAAGCCAAGUCUUUCAUCUACUUCACCAAAGAGUCCCAUAUUUACACGCUUCUCAACUGCAUCCUUGAAGGCGGCAUCGAAGCCAAAAUCAAGCGUUCUGCCAUUCCGGAACUCGACUAUCUGUCCCAGAUCUGCUUCGAACUAUACGAAUCCGAGAAUAAGACGCCUGCAGACGCUCCUCCUGGAGAUGUCCCGAAAUACGCCUAUUCGAUCCGGAUCACCAUAAGUCCUGGUUGCCAUACUUUUGAUCCACUGGAUGUCCAGCUGGAUAGCAAGCACUGUAUAUCUUGUGCCCCGAGGCGCAGUUUGACAGCACACAAAGAUUGGAAGGAGGUCAUUGAGACGCUGAGGGCAAAGUUCCAUCAGGUCAAAUUACCAAAGAGCUUCCUCGCAGUCAAUCUCUCGGAGACGCACACUUUCCACAAGAAAGAGGAGCUGGACGACAGCCAACAGACCCACUCAACUAUCGCCGAAAUGAACGCCAAAAUCGACGAUGCCAGCGCAGAAAAGAAUAGUACCUCGAGUGAGGGUGCUCUCAAGAGCGUAUGA